AAUUGCAGUAUUGUGUCAAAACCAAGCAAAUUCCAAAAAUGUGUGUUGGUUUCUAAAAAUUAUUACUUAGAUUAUAUUUAUUGACUGAAACUGUGAAGCAUAUGCAGAAUUUUUAAUAAUUGGAAUUCACUUAUUAUCAGUCCGUAACUAUUAUAAGUAAUGGGUAAUGUACACGCUUAUUCCUCUAACCCUCCUCCACCACCUCCACCAAGUACAACCUUCCCUAGGAAGAAGGAUACUGAUCCUGCAGCUAGUCCGCCGGAGGUGAUUGAAAAUCCUGGUCCAUUGGAAGAGAUUCAUUCAAAGUGUAAAAAUGUUUUUCCCACAUGUUUUGAAGGUGCUAGAGUUAUGCUUACAAGAGGUCUUAGUAAUCACUUCCAAAUAUCCCACACAAUAAAUAUGAGCUCUGUUACACCCAGUGGAUAUAGAUUUGGAGCCACUUAUGUGGGAACAAAACAGAUAUCUCCAACAGAAGCAUAUCCUAUAUUGCUGGGUGAUAUUGAUCCCUCAGGGAAUCUGAAUGCCACUAUUAUACACCAGAUUCAGCCAAAUCUGCAAGCCAAAUUUGGAGCACAGGUACAGAACUCAAAAUUUCAAGUAGGUCAGUUAACAAUGAAUUAUAAGGGUUCUGAUUAUACUGCUAGUUGUACAGUAGCCAAUCCUGAUGUAAUUAAUAGUUCAGGAAUAGUUGUUCUACAUUAUUUACAAGCUGUAACAGCUAAGUUGGCACUAGGAACUGAGCUUGCCUAUCAAAGAGGACCAAGUAUUCCAGGUGGAGAAAUAGCAUUAUUAAGUGCAGCAGCUAAGUAUUCAACUGAGAACACACAAAUAUCAGGCACAUUAGGCGUACAAGGCGUUCAUCUAUGUUACUACCAAAGAGCUAGUAAGCAGUUACAAAUCGGAGUUGAAUUAGAGGCUAAUCAUAGAAUGCAAGAAGCUGUGGCAUCUGUUGGUUAUCAAGUGGAUUUACCAAAAAGUGAAGUAGUAUUUAAAGGUCACAUCGAUUCAAAUUGGUCGGUGGGCGCAGUUCUAGAAAAGAAAUUAACUCCUCUACCAUUCACGUUAGCUCUUAGUGGGUUAAUGAACCAUAAUAAAAAUCAAUUCAGACUCGGGAUUUCAAACAGAUCAUCAACAAAGCCACAUCAAUAUGAACCAAGAAUCAGAAUCAUUUGGGAACUCAAUGAAUGAGCACAACCAGGUAAAUACAGUACAGAUUAAUUCAACGCAGCUCAUCUUCAGUAGUUCUAAAUUCAAGCGCCAAUCAACAAUCAGAAGUUUUAUUAGCAACAGCAGUUAUAGAUAUUUUUGACCAUUCAGGUAAUACAUUUGAAGCAAGGGCAUUACUUGAUUCAGGAUCACAAUAAAAUUUUAUCACAGCACAUCUUUGCAAAAAUUGAAACUUGAUAAGUCGUGUAUAAAAAUACUAGUAUCAGGUAAAAAUGACAAAAUAACUCAUAUAAACCAUUCGGUGACUGCAAAUAUCAAAUUUCGAGUAAAUGCAUAUUAGAUUGACAGUUCUUUUUUAGUUAUAGGUAGAUAAAAUUACUGAAAAAUUACCUACAGUGAAUCUUGACAGAAAUGAAUUUACUAUACUAGAAAAUGUAACUUUAGCAGAUGAAACAUUUUAUAAACCAGGGAAAAUAGAUAUUUUAUUAGGUGACUCUAUAUUCUAUGAUUUAUUAUGCAUUGGACAAAUUCCACUUUUCCACAGAUUUUUACCAAUUUUACAAAAAAAAGCUACAUAGGUUGGGUUAUUACUGGGAAUGUUCCGUUUUAUUCAAAUAAACCAACCUUCACUGUCAACAACCUCCAUGAUCAGCUCAAACAAUUUUGAGAAAUAGAAAAUAUUGAUAAAAUAAAAUAAAUGUCUAACUAAAGAAGAAGAAUCAUAUGAAAAGGAAUAUCAGACAUGUUUUCAGAACAAUCAAGAAGGAUAAAUUGUUGUUCCACUGUUAGCAAAAGACAACAUACAGAAUUUAGGAGACCUUAUUUCAAGAGGAAUAGACUCAAAAACAUUAUGAACUUCUUCCUUGUGGUGGCAUGGACCUUCAUGGUUAUCAGAAGGUGAAGACAACUGGCCUAUACCAAAAUUUAAAUCAGUAAAUAAUUUGCCAGAAAAACGACCUAAAUACCAGUUAUCAGCUCAUGUUAAACAAAGGGAAUCAUUUAGUAUAAUCCAAAAAUAUUCUUCAUUCUUAAGAAUAUAAAGAAUAAUAGCAUUACUUUUAAGAUUUGAAUAUAACUGUUCUAAUAAAUUAGACAAAUAUUGUGGUCAAAUUUCUAUAACAGAACUGGAAGUCAGUUUAAAUACUAUUGUAAAACUUGUACAGAAUGAAUGUUUCCAAUCUGAAAUUUCACAGAUUUUGAAAGGUAAUACAGUCAAAAAGAAUAGCAAUCUUAUUUCAUUUAAUCCAUUUCUUAAAGAUGGUAUUCUCAGAGUUGGUGGUAGGAUCAAAAAUGCAGAUUUUUAACUUUUUCUCAAAGACAUCCAAUACUUUUAACUUCAGACCAUCACAUUACUACUUGUAGCAUUUUGGAUGAACAUUAUAAAAACUUACAUGCUGGUCCACGACUAUUGUUAUCAACAUUGAAAACUAGAUUUUGGAUAUUAUCAUGUUUAACUACAGUAAAACGAAUUUUAAAAAAGUGCAUUGUAGAGGUAAACCAUUGACUAUCUCAUCAGACAAUGGCACAACUUUUGUGGGGACUAAUAAUCAAGUCAAAGUAAUGUACGAUUUAGUACAGAACUCCAGAACAGAAAUUAACAGCUUUUUACAGUAGAAUCAAUAAAGUGGUAGUUCAUUGCUGCUAGAUCACCACAUUAUGGGGGAAUUUGUGAGGAAGCAGUCAAAUCAUUUAAAUUUCAUCUUAAAAGAAUUGUGGGAAAUCAUAUAUUUUCAAGCAUGUCAAUUCCAGACCUUAACUUCUUUAUCCUCUAACCCAGCAGAUUUUCAACCUUUGACCCCUGGUCAUUUUUUAACAUUUUCACCAUUAACAACAUUUCCUGAGCCAGACCUACGAAUAGUUUUUUAUUAGUCAACAGAAUAUUUAACUCAACUUCAGUCAAGAUCCAAAUGGAGGACUGUUAGCAACCAAGAAGUGAAGAUAGAUCAGCUAGUGUGUCUUAGAGAAGACAAUUUAUCACCUUUACAGUGGAAGUUAGGACGCAUUUCAAUGGUACAUCAAGGCAGAGACAAUAGAAUAUGUGUUGUGAUAAUAAAAACAAACCAUGGUGAAGUGACAAGAGCUCUCUCACGCGUGUGCAUAAUAUUACUAACAGACAUUUAAGUUCGUUUCUAUGCUUUUAUGUAAUAUACUGGGCAAUUAUGACCCUUUAUUGUAAUUUAGCUUAUUGUUUUUUCUUGUUUUAUUUUUGUAUUUUAUAUAACCUAACAACGAACGGUAGAACACAUUUUUGUAUAAUACCUUGUGAAUUCGGAAAUUUUUAUUUAGUGGAAAAUUCAAUAGUAAUGAGAUUGAUCUCUAGUCUAAAUCCAGCCCUUAAGCGUGCAAGAUGAUUAGGUUUUUCUGUGGAUAGAAUGGGAGAAUUAUGAAUUAUAUAUUCAAUUUGAAAGAUGUGCAGUUUCUGUAUUAUCUCAGGUUCUGAACAUAUCAGUAUGUCGACCUCUAAUACGCUAUCCCAGUCUGGAGUAGAGCGAUUGAAAAAGAUGGUAUAACUUUAAAGAGACUCAUGGUGCGUGUGGACAUAACUAGUCUGCUGCGGGUAGCCUGUGGCUAUAGGACCGUUUCAGCUGCCGCUCUGUAGGUGGUCACCGGUUGUGUUCUCUUGCAUGUAUUGUCAGAUGAGUAGGCCAGCGUUCACAGUCCAUAGCUUCAGUUCAUAGGUAAAGCUUAGGCCAAGAGAUUAGUCUCAAUCGACCAGUGGCAGGAAGAGUGGGAGGCAAUACGUGAUAUGGCGCAGUGUUGAGGGAUAAGUAGUGUUAGACACAGAUCCACAAAGUACUCCGGCACUUUUCUUGUGUAAAAAUGGUUUCAAUAAAAUUGGCUGAAUCUUUGCAGAGAGGUAGCUUUGGUAAUGCUGAUCAAAAGUUGUCAUUGUCCCAAGACUAAGAGGUUAAAAAUCAGUUUUUAGUCCAUUUGAAUAAUACGUUUUCUUUAUAAAAUUUAAAAAGUUACAAAAACUUCUUUGAAAAAAGACAUAAAAGACAGAACAUUGGCCUCCACAAAAACACAUUAAAAAAAUGUGUUUAUGGUACGCGUGUAAGAACCCAACCAUUUGGUUUGAGUUGAAGUGGCAGACAGUCUUGAUCGAAGGCAUCCGCACUAUAGAUACUCUCAUCAAAUUCCCAAUCUCCUAAUACCUUCUGUUCUGAUCUUCCAUCCUUGUGCCCAAUGUUCACUGCCUUAUUUCCUCAUCCUCAUAUACCAUCUAAAACACACUGUCCCGGUUGAGAGAAGUAUGGUUGAGGAUUCAGGUUCUGCCUCCUCUCUGACAAAGGUAUUCAUACUAUCCUUAUUCACGAUAACUCAAUCAUUCUUCGCAACACACUAACUCAGACAUCAUCUCAUAUGUUCACAACCUUUUUUCUGAACAUCAUGAAGGAAAAUCUGCAUGCAGACACCUGUGACCCAGGUAAUGUUGGGUUCCCAAUACCCUAACAAAGUUGUGCCAGGACGAGAUGCUUGACGUAGUUAGACCUUUGACACUUUAUUCCGCCACUUUGACACCACUCCGAAACAUUCGGUGUCCAACUAAAAACUUCUCCUCUGUCACUCCAAACAUUAGGAUGGAACCGCUGUUAAGGCAUAGCAUCUCUCCUAAUGCCCUGCGAUCACCCGAUUCCCAUGCUUUCUCCCAUUCAUCAGAAAAACUACACCCGCACGAACCACUACCUGUCUUACGACCCGUCCCUCUCCCUUUUUAUUUCGACCUGCGACAGUUAGAACCUCACUGAGCGAGGUGCAACUCGCUCGUUUUAGGAUUCAGUUGACAGUUCUUUCUCCUAUAGUUAUUUUGAGAGCAGCUUCCUGAUAAAGAACCACGGCACUUUUUUAUUUAAACGUAGUUUCAGUUAAAUUGGUUGAAAAUUUGUAUAAAGGCAGCUUUGGCCAUGCUGAUCAAAAAUUCUCAUUGUCCCACGGCAUAAAAAUCAAUUGUUUGUUACAGUUACAGCGGUCCAAAGUGUCGGUUUUUAGUCCAUUUGGAUAAUAAUACAUAUAAUAUACAGAGUUAUACAUAAGUGCAACAAAAUUCAGGGAGUGAUUCUGCAUGAAAAAAUAAUUGUAAUGUAUUCUUCGUUUAAUUUUGAAAAAAAAAUCUUUGUUCUAUUUUUAUAUGAGGCGCCAUUUUUAUGCAAAAAAUAAACAUCUU